AUGAAAGCGGACCAAGAAAGAGUGGUUAAACUACUGACAGACACCAUAACAUUGUUAUGCAAAAACGGACUCAUCUACAACUCUGAACUGACGGUUCAGGGUUUGUUAGGCAUAACGCUAGACAGGAGCGACGUUUUCAUCGUACACAUCAACGAAACUCUAAACACGUCUAAUACGUUCGUCACGAGUACCGUUUCAGUUACUAAACCGCCGAAACAGGUCCCCAUUGGUGCAACUUCACUUAUGCCUGCUUCUCUAAUUAAUAAUAAUAGUUAUUCUGUCGUUGAUCUGACUAAAACCAUAGACAGUCACAGUACCCACAGCAGUGCUAUCAACAACAACAAUAAUAUCAAUAAUAAUAUCAAUAACAGUUUUCAAAAUUCCUUAAAUAAUAAUAAUAACAACAACAACAAAGACGUAAUUAUGCAUAGCAAUGCAAUUGCCAACACAAGAAUGAAGAACAGACAACAUCUGCAACAACAGCAACUUCAGCAGCAACAACAACACAUACAAAUCCAACAACAUCAGCAACUACAACUUCAAAGAAAUGAUUUUAUGCAACAAAUUCAACAACAUUUAAGGAUGACAGGCAUGUUGCCAACUUCAAACCACUACCACAAGACCACUUAUUCCUUCACAGUCGACCCCACUUCAACCUCGAUUAGGACAUCGAGCUCCUUCUUUAGUCAGGCUGAGAAGUCAGUCGAAGAAGAUGAGGUCGUCGUGAUUGAUGAAGAUAAAAACCAAGAACCAACUUCACACUUUUCUAGUUUUCAAAAUUCUUUACAAAGCACUCCUCAACAACAAUUGCAACAGCACAAUCCUAUUGUUGGCCAGUCUCCUAAACAAACUAAUCAGGCAAAAAUGUCUAAAAGUCUUCCCCCAAAUGUUAUGCAUCAUUUGAGCUUUCUAGGAGAAAUUAUCAUUGAACCUAACCUACCUCAGCAUAAUGAUAAUAGCAACCACAGCAGUAAUAAUAAUAAUAAUAAUAAUAAUAAUAAUAACAACAAGAAUAAUAAUAAUAAUAUUGCUGAUGAAGCCAUUAUAAUUAAUUCUGAUAGCAAGAAUGAUGAUGGAGAUGAUGAUGAUGAUAAUGUCGUUAUCAGGAUCAAUGGUGCUGCUGGGUUUAGGGAUAUCAUUGAUAACAACAACAACAAUAAUAAUAAUAAUAACAACAAUAAUAAAAAUAAUAAUGAUGACGACGAUGAAGAAGAUGUUGGUGAUAACUUCCAGAUGAACUUUGACAAUGCUGGACUCUGCAUACUGGACGAUAAUGAUGACGAUGGUGGCGGCGGUAGUGAUAACAACAACAACAAUAAUAAUAAUAAUAAUAAUAAUAAUAAUAAUAAUGAUGACGACGACCAUGACGUCAUCAACAACAAGAACAACAAAGAUAUUAAUAAGAAGACUGAUGACAAUGGUACUCUUGAUUAUAAUGAUAAAAGUGGUGUUGCUAGCGCUUGUGUUGACUCAACUCAAAUGUCACCGUCAUCAUUAUCCUUACCUAAAAUUACAAAACUCAAGAGCCCAAUUCAUUGGCCUUUCGGCACCCACCCCACCACCUACGUAAUGCCUUGGGCUCCAACCUAA